CUUUAGGGCUUUUUUGCAUUUAUGCUUGAUCAAAACUCCCAGACGUCUGAGUUUUUGCCUCCUGUCAGUCAAAGAUUGACUAAAUCAGACUGUCGUACUGUUCAAUAGAAGCCCAAACAAAACCUCCCAACCCAUCCUCUGGGGAUGUUACACUAGCUACUAAUUCUCACCAAGGGUUAAAGCCAGUCAUCAGACAAUGUUCAGCCAGAAUUGGAACUUGUCUGGCCAAAUCUUUGCCUUACCAGUCACCUUGACCAGUAAAGUUGAGCCAGAAAUGAGAUAUGACCAAGAUAAAACUAACUUGCUGUACUGGUGACAGGUGACUGACUGGCUGACAUAACGGUAAUUGAGGGAAAUGGAGUGACUGCUCUCAGUUUAAGAUUAUACUUGUCGAUGAAAUGGAAAUCAUACUUUUAGGUUUCUUUCAGUGUGUAAUCAUUUUUGGGGGGAGUGGGUAGUGGUACAACUAACAACCCACCCUMCCCUCCCUCAACCACUUGGGUCCUGUUUUGAACAUAACUGCAUGACGUAGAGAAAAGCGAGAACACAAAAAAGAAAGUACGAAUUUGCUUUCUCAAAUCCUUUGUGAUGCUCGUUCAUGAAAAUUGUGUUAAUAUCAACAAGAGAAGAAGAAUGUAAUGUCAUUAUAAGUGACAUUGUGCAAACAAAACCGUAAUUUAUGGAUGCCAUAAAAUACCUUUAUUCACACUAUAGCUGGACAAAUGUAGGGUGCUUCUUGCUGUCUCUACUUUUCAGCUUGAAUUUUCCUGGGGRAAAAAAUGCAUUUUCGGCUUGUAGUCUUCUUCCUUUUUGCGCUAUUCUUCAUCCGAAUGCCCACGUCAGAAGGCAAGGCCAAAAGAAACAUAGGUGAACCGGAUUCUCRGUUCGCAGAGCCAGCUCCUAUUGAAGGCGACUGUCCGUGCUCAAAGAUCGCAUGUGUUGGAGACAAAGGUCCAAAGGGUGAUAAAGGUGAUGUUGGGCCCGAGGGUGCUCAAGGUCCCAAAGGUGAACAAGGACCCAUCGGACCAAAAGGUCCCCAAGGAGACAAGGGUGGUAUUGGGCCUAGAGGAUCCACAGGACUUACCGGAACACCUGGAAUAAUAGGCCUUCCUGGAAAAGCUGGAGUGAAUGGGUCGAGAGGAGCAGUGGGACCAAGAGGUCCUCAAGGAUUGACAGGAGCUCAAGGUCCUYGUGGACCAGAGGGGCCCCAAGGAAAUGAAGGUCCUAAGGGUCCUCCUGGUGCAGUUGGAAAGCAAGGAGACAAGGGAGAUAAAGGAGACAAAGGCGACAAAGGAGAUAAAGGAGCGCCGGGACAGAAUGGUGCCAAAGGUCCCAAGGGACUACCAGGGGCCCAAGGCCCAAGAGGACCAGAAGGUCCUCAGGGUAAUGAAGGACCUGAAGGACCCAAAGGUAAUACUGGCCCACCUGGCCCUAGAGGACCCCAAGGUGGGACUGGACCGAUUGGACCAAAGGGACCUAGAGGCCUUAAGGGAAGCCCAGGUCCACAAGGAAAUCAAGGAAAACCAGGGGCUGAUGGGAAGCAAGGGGUGGCAGGACCACAAGGACUACGAGGAGAACGUGGGCCCAAAGGUACUCCGGGAAGCUGCGUAACCCAGUGCGCAGAUAUCAAGAUGCACCUUCUUAAAGAAAUAGAAGACUUAAGGAAUUUUACCAAAGCGCAGAUCAAGGAAUUGCAAAGACAGAUUGAUGAACUAAAGCCAAAACCAACUGCAAGGCCUACCACCCCUCCUCGUGGUAAACUAGGAAGCAGAGGUAACCCUGGACGCUCAUGCAAGCAUAUAAAACAACAUGACAUACGCGCACGAAGUGGAAAGUAUUACGUGGAAACGGACACACCAGCUCGUCAAAGUCUUGUCUACUGUUACAUGGAAAACCUUGGCAUGUGUGGAGGAGGUGGAUGGACUCUAGUCAUGAAGAUUAACGGAAAAAAGCAAACAUUCCGUUACGAAUCGCCAUUAUGGACGAACAGAGUCGAAUACCAACCUUACUAUGGUUUAUCAGCGUUCGGUAUCAAAGAGUCUAAAACAGCUGCAUACUGGUCCACCCCCUUCACGCGCGUUUGCAUAGGCAUGCGCACGGCGAGAUACUCCUUGAAAUUCAUGCGCAUUGACUACAGCGCAAAAUCGCUGUACGAUGUCAUCGCCGAUGGGAAAUACAAAGCGACCAGUAGUGGACGGGAGAGCUGGAAAAGGUUGGUGCAUGGAGCAUCGCUACAAAGAAACUGUAACCGCGAAGGUUUCAAUAUUCAAAUGAGACUGGGGAGUAUCAUUGCUGCUCGGGCAAGAAUCGGAAUCGCUUCGAACCAAGAAAAUGACUGUGGGUCAUGUGACUCGAGGAUUGGUGUUGGAACGGACGGGUCUUUAUGUGGGCAAGAUAGUACAAACAGCUGUGGGAAUGAAGCGCGAUGCUCACCUGACAAUGGAAACAAGAGCAUUAAGACUUACGGAUAUAUUUUUGUACAAUAAUUUAAUAGUAUUUGUAGAUAUUCUUUCUAUCAACAAAUAUUGUAAAAUGCAUGCAAGAGAAAAAUAAACGAUGCAGACUUUUUAA